GAAGCGCAACGCUCAGCUGCUAAAUUGUAACAAAGCGUCGCUCCGCAAAACCUGGUCGUCCCGCCACCCGCUGGAUACAACGGAGCCGUGAGAACCUCCCGGCACGACAUGAAGGAGAGACAGAGUUUUCAUUAAUAAAGUAGGGGGAAAAAGGUGGGUGGUGCUAUGGGAUGGAUGAAGCAGAACAGAAAAAGUAUGUGUCUCAGCUGAAGGAUGUGUUUGAUAGCUGCGAUACCACAGGGACAGGAUACCUCGACCAGGAGGAAUUGACUGAACUGUGCCAAAAGCUUCACCUGGAGGCCCAGAUCCCUCUCCUACUGCAGACACUUUUGGGCAGCAAUCUUCAUGCCAGGGUGAAUUUUGAGGAGUUUAAAGAAGGUUUUGUUGCUGUAUUAUCUACUGCUGUCGACCUUAGUACCUCAGAAGAUGAGAGCAGUUAUUUAGAACCACCAAUCCUAGAGGAGGUUGAGCCAAAGUACGUCAGGGGAUCAAAACGAUAUGGCCGUCGGUCCUUGCCAGAAUUCCUUGAUUCUGAGGAGGUCGAUACUACAGGUGACUUGGAGGAGCCGUUUCACUUUAAGGCUGAGCCCUUCGUGCAAACCACCAAAAGAAGUCAGUUGAGACGCUCAACAUCUCUUGAAAGUGUAGAGAGCCUCAAGUCUGAUGAAGAGCUUGAAAGCCAUAAAGAACCUCAACACGAGACCUUUGAAGCACUGGGUCAGCUGAGCAGAUGCAAUCCCAAUGGCUUUGAUUGUCCCCGAAGGUCAUCCACUCCUUGCCCUGAAGCCACAGAAGAUCAUGUGCAAACUAUCUGGGAGGAGUUGGGAGUGGGGAAGAAUGGCUACCUUAACCGAGAGGAAUUGGCGAUGGUCUGCAAUAAUAUUGGCCUGAAGGACCUCAAAAACCAAGAAGUUGACAGUCUUUUCAGAAGGCUGGACAAAGACGGAGAUGGCAAAGUGAGUCGUGGUGAAUUUCUUCGUGGCUUGUUUCGGCAUGGACCCACAUCUUCUACGCCCUGUAAAAAGAAAUACCAUCGAGGCCGCAACCAGAGUUUUGACGAGAACAGGCACAGAACAGCAACUCCAUCUUUAAUAUCAGGCAAGGCUGGUUCACAGUUGUUUUCUGCUCUUGAUGAUGGCACUGGCUAUGCAUCACCUGAACAAAUAAUUAACAUGUGGCAGGAAGAUGGAAUUAAAAACAGUCAAGAGAUAUUACAGACCUUAGAUUUCAGUGUGGAGGAGAAAGUGAAUCUUGAAGAGCUCACUAAUGCACUGGAGAAUGAGUUAAUGUCCAGCAAAAAUGGGAUUCACCUGGCAGCAUUAACCUGCUACAAGAAUGAAAUUGACCACCUUCAGGGGCAGAUUCAGCAGAUGUACAAGGAGAGAGACAAGUUGAAACUGGACCUGGAUCGAGCAGAGAAGCGAAAUGUGCAGCUGGCCAAAGAGGUUGAUGAUCGACAUGCCACCAUUGAGUUGCUCAAUGAGACCAAAAUCAAGCACUUGGAUCAAGGGUACAAGGAGAAGAUGGCAGCAGUUAAAGUUCAGAUGGACAAGGCUCAGGAGUUGAUUGUACAGCAGGUGAACAUGCAACGGGUGGAACUGGAGUAUGAGCUUGACUCUCUCCGAUCGGAGGAGAUCUCUUCCCGGGAGAAGCUUAACCUUGCAAUGAAGGAGAGCAAGCGGUUGCAGAAAGAACUGACGGAGACGUUGGAGAAGUUGGCUGAAUCUGAGAAGUUAGUUUGCAGGUUGCAGAAGGACCUUGACUACAUGCUGAAAGACAAAUUUGGAGCACUGGAUAAUCCGAAUAUCGAGCUCUUUGGGCAAGAGGAGCGCUUUGCGGAGAUUAUAAUGGCAUAUGAGCAACAGUGCAGGGAGUUACGUGACCGCAAUGACGAGUUGCAGUCCGAAAUGGAGGUGCUCCGCUCCCAGCUGCACAUCAGGAAGCACCGCCGUUCGGGCAGUAAUAAUAAGAAUUCCAUUUCUAUGCGAGCUGCUGACUGGGUCGUCAGGUGUGCCGCUGAUCCUGAUAAGGUUUCACCAGUAGACCCAUGUGCCAAUGUGAGCAUUGAAACAGAGAUUGCAAUCGAACAACAGAGAAGGCAGCACCUACAGGAAGUGCAAGACCUUAAGAUACAAUUGGAAACGAAGGUAAAUUAUUAUGAGCGAGAGAUUGAACUGAUGAAGAGGAACUUUGAGAAAGAGAGGAAGUACAUAGAACAAAGCUUCAAGGUUGAGAUCAGUGAACUGGAGGACGAACGGAUGACAAGAAGCCAGGAGAUGGAGCGACUCCGGGGUGUAGUAAACGAGCUCCGAGAUCAGCAGCAAGGAGCAGAAGCCAGGCAGGCACUGGCAAUCACCGAGCUGUUGAGAGAACAGGAAACUGCUAACGCGGCCCUGCGGGAGGAGCUGAGGGAGAAACGGGAGGAGAACGCGAACCUCAGAGCAGAAGAGCUCGGGAAGGAUGGAGAGGUGGCCAGGGUGUUGGAGGCACAGAUCGAAAUGAAGCUGGCGCAGCAGAAACGGGAACUGGAAGAGGUGUUUGAGCGGGAGAGGGCAGAGCAGCAGCAGGCCCUCACCAAGGAGAGGUCGGAGGUGGAGCAGCGACUUUCGAAGGAGAAGCUGCAACUGGAGGUGGAGCUGCAACUCCAGCAUCAGAAGGAACUGCAGCAACUGAGGAAGGCAACACAGGAUGAAUUUAACCAGAGGUUAUCACUUUUGGAGGUCGAGCACAUGUCUUUGACAGAAAAGAAUCAGUCUGAGCUGAUCCAGAGACACGAGCUGAAGAUCAAGGAGCUGAUGAGGCAGCUGAGUCUGGAGCGAAAUCGAUGGGCUGCCCAAGUUCAGACCAUUCACAAUGAGGCCAACAAGGAGAAGCAGAAACUGCAGGAGGAACAAGCUGCGAUUUGCAGCAGGUUUGAAAUGGAAAGCAAGUACAAAGAAGAGAUUGAAAGCUUAAAGGCACAAGUGAAAGGAAUACAGCAGGUGAACGGUUCUGGAGAUCAAACCCAUUGGGACAACCCAGGCCUUUGCCAAGGGAUCCAUGCCCAGCCCUCGACCAAUGAGGUGCAGCUUCCUGCAGUGUUGAAAAGGAAAGAGGAGGAGAUGCUAAGCUGGCAGCAGGAAAGAGACGAGCUGGAACUAAAGCUGAAGCAAGUAAUGGAAGAAUCUGAGAAAAAAGUGCAAUUGCUUGAAAAUGAGAUAAGGAACCUGCGAACCUUGGUAACUAAGCUGGAGGCAGGGAAUGAAGCUGAGGAGAAGUACAGAUAUGAGUCUGAAAUGCUUGCUGAAGAAAACUCUUCUUUGAAAAGGAAAGUAGCAGUGUUUCAUCAGGAUUUCCAGGAUCUGGAAGGAAAAGUUAAUGAACAAAGAAAACAAGUGGCUUGGUUGAAAGAUGAAAGGGAGUGCAGUCAGAGGGAAUUCAAGGAACUUCAAAACCAGAUUAAACAGUAUACAACAGAGAUCGCCCAACUCAGCACCAAAAAUCUGCAGCUGAGCAAUCAGAACUCCCAGAUGAAUGUCAAGGUAGAUGCCAGUCAGAGCACCAUCCAGCUGCUCAGUGCAAGACUAGCUGAACUUGGCCAACAGAAGGAGGAGGUGGCCAGAGUUUCCAGACAACUGCAAGAGACCUGCGGCAGCUUGGAAAAGGAGUGUUUCCAGCAGCAGUCUGCAUGGGAAAGUGAGAAAGGUCUCAUGCAAAAGGAAAUGAGGGCAUCUCAGGAGAAGAUAAAGAACCUGGAAUUGAGUUUGGACCAAUCUCAUUCUGAGGUAGACCAUCUGAAGCUCGAGCUCCAAGAAAAGCAACAGGAUAACUUGACACUGGCGCAGGAGGUGGGAUCUGUUACAGAAUCAUUGCAGGAAGUAAAGGACAAGGUCAGGCGAAUGCAUAUACUGGAGACUGAACUGGAGUCGAUGGUAAAGGAGCAUCAGACUUUGCAAAACGAGCAAGUAAAAUUGGAAGCUAGCUUGAUGGAGUCUCAGGAACAGUUGUUGGAAGCCAAUACCAAACUAAUGCAAGCCCAAACCCAACACUUGCGAGAAGUACAAGAGUUAAAGGAGCAAACCAGCAAUAUUGUACCCCAAAACCAGCUGGCACAAUUGCAAAUGAAGAUAGCAGAAGGAGAGCAGAGAGUGCGGCAACUUCAAGAACAGCUUGACACCCAGUGUCAGGAAGCCCACAAUUUGAUGUUUGAGCAGCAGGAGGAAUAUGAGAGACUGCUGAAGCAAAUGGAAGAAAGGAUGGAGGAGGUGGAGCAGAAACUGAAAAAUGUACGAACGACGCUUCAAGAGAAGAUGAACCAGCUUAAGGAACAGUUUGCCAAGAAUGUCAAGUCUGACCUGCUGCUGAAGGACCUGUACGUGGAGAAUGCACAAUUGAUGAAAGCACUGCAGAUUACAGAGCAGCGACAGAAGGGUGCCGAACAGAAGAACCACUUACUGGCUGAAAAAAUUGCAGCUUUGAACAACCUGCUGAGGAAAAUUGCUCCAGCCUCUCUCUCCUAACUCUGAAUGAAAGUUGCAGCUCCAAAGCACAACCUUUGGCUUAAUGCAGAAAAGAGUCUUUGAAAACCAAGACCUCAAACCCAGCACCAACCCAAGUCUACUGAUCCCUGCCAGCCCACGUGCUUCAGUGACAAAGGAUUAUCACAGAAGGCACCUCAAAACACAGAAGUCUCAUCGACACAAAGAUCUUCAAAAUCCAAUGUCAGCACGCUCUCCCAGGCCCACACACCCAGCAGCAAGGAUCUGAUCGCACCCAACCAGCUCUGGAUGUGGGCUCACUAAUACCCAAAAUCUGUCAUAGCAGAAGAAAGCACUUUCUUAAAAGUCUCCCUGAAAAGAAAUGUAAUAUCAUGGGAAUGCUUGGCC